UUCAAGGAAGAAAAAAGAUUAACAGGUCACGUCUGUCGAGUGUACAAAAUACACGUGUAGUAGGCUACUAAGGGGAGGAGGAAUUACGUCCUAAACUACCGGAGAGACGCCCAUGCUCAAGCUCACGCUGACACUACUUAUCAACUCUCUGUCCUGACAAGACUGAGACAUCAGAUGUCCGCGGGAAAUAUGGAACUCGAGGGCAAAAGAAAAAUGAAGGAGCAAUGUGCCCUGAGGAAGGACAUCAUCAAAGAGUUCCUGGCAGAAUUUCUGGGGAUAUUCGUAUUAAUACUCUUUGGAUGUGGCUCGGUGGCCCAGACAGUGCUGAGUAAGGGAGCUCUGGGAGAACCCCUGACCAUCCACAUCGGCUUCACUCUGGGGGUGAUGAUGGCCGUCUACGUGGCUGGGGGAGUGUCAGGGGCUCAUGUGAACCCAGCAGUCUCCCUGGCCAUGGUGGUCCUGGGCAAGCUGCCUAUAAAGAAGUUCCCUGUCUACGUGGCAGCACAGUUCCUGGGUGCCUUCGCUGGAUCUUGUGCUGUCUAUGGGUUGUAUUAUGAUGCCUUAAUGGAACACACAGGAGGAGUUAUGCAAGUUACUGGCGUCAAUGCCACAGCUAAUAUAUGGGCAUCCUACCCUGCCAAGCACAUCUCAGUCCUUGGAGGAUUCGUAGACCAGGUGAUAGGAACAGCUGCCUUGAUCCUGUGCAUUCUGGCCAUUAUUGAUGGGAAGAACAUUGGAGCUCCUAAAGGGAUGGAGCCACUGUGCAUUGGCCUGAUCAUCAUGGCCAUCGGAGUGUCCAUGGGACUCAACUGUGGCUAUCCCAUCAACCCUGCCAGAGACCUGGGCCCAAGGCUCUUCACUGCUGUGGCCGGAUGGGGCAUGGAGGUGUUCCGUGCUGGAGGCUGCUGGUGGUGGAUCCCAGUAGCGGGGCCCAUGGUGGGAGGAGUGGUGGGGGCCGCCGUUUACUUCCUGUUCAUUGAGCUGCACCAUGCCGAGCCUGAGAAACAGGGGGAGAACAACGUCAAGGACAAAUAUGAGAUGGUCACCCUGAGUUAGACAAAGAGGCCAUGAGCCCCAAUGGUACUGAGGCUUGGCAGCUUCCUACCCCUUUAACCCUCAACAGGCUAAACAUUCACCUCAAUGAGGCCACACUUGACACAACCUUCUCUGCUUGCACUAGAGUCAUUUCCUCUGUCUAAGGGACCUGAGGUCAGGUCUCAGUCUCUGCACUCUCAUGGACAGGUCCGCUGAAAGAAUGCCAAUUGAGCCAAAACAUAAAAAACGCAAACACGUAUGUAAUGUUAAAUUCACAAUCACAAGCUGAGAUCUCAGGCAUGUUUACUAGCCCAUGACAUCAUCAUCAGGUGUUCAGACUGUCCAUUCUACUCUGAGGAUAGUUCCUGAGUACAGUGAUUUUUAAUCAUUUAUAUUGCAUCUCUUGUAUAGGGCUAUUUUUCAUUGCAAGAGGAAUUUGCCAAGUUUGAAACCAUCUCAUUAUUUUCUAUCUUUCAGGCAGUGGUGAUGGUAAAUGUUAUUAACCACAUAGAAAAUAGCCAGGAACAGUUUCUGUGAUGGAAGGAAGGAAGUGUAUAUUUUUUGUCAUUGAGCUAGUUUAAUGGUAUGCUCUCUGGAGUGUCUUCCUUCUUCUGCUUCACUUCAUCCAUCUAUUUGUUACAGUUGUGUGAAUCCCUCUGCCUGCUGCGACUCACAGCCUCAUCACUGCAUGUGUGCUAUAGCGAACACACAUCUAUGUAUUUGUGCUUUGAAAUGCUCAUAGUCUUGUUUCCUAGCUAUUAUUUUUUAGAGUGCAGAAAAAACAGCCUUAAUGUGUGUGAAAUGAGCCUCGCACCGUUCUGUUUGUACUCUCUCUCUCGUUGAGCACAGAACUGUGUAUCGUGACACGGGAUCACUUCUAAAUUAUUUUUUAUCUGACUUUUAUUUCCUCUUAUAUAACGUUCCUGCUGUCAUGUGCACACAUUUUCAUGGAAGCAUGAGUAGGGAAGCCUAGUAUCUACAGUACCUAGCAUGAGUAGGGAAGCCUAGUAUCUACAGUACCUAGCAUGAGUAGGGAAGCCUACUAUCUAAAGUACCUAACAUGGACAUGUUUUAAUAAACAAUAUACUGUAUGAAGAGUCCAAUGAGAGAUAGUUUACCCCACUGGCCAAUGGCCAUAUGGGAAUGUAUAAAAACUGUUUGUUUAUCGUAAUCAUUACGUUAUUCCUCCAAUGAUGCGACUAGGAUUUAACCACUGAGGAACUCCUACACUAUGACCAAUAGUGAACUGGACAAUAACAGCAAUACAACUUCCAAGAAUAGAGCCCUUCAACUCAGACAAAAACACUCCAAUUAACCAAGUCCUUCCAUCCUAGUGAUGUUAUUUAGCCAUGGGUGGGCAGAGGAACACUAGUUCCCUAUUCCCAGAAGAGCCCUCACCAAUGAAACACAUAGCAUUUUAUAACCUGUAUGUGGCUUACUACUGAACCAGAUAUAAUUCGUAGGGAAAAAUAAAGCUCUUUAGAAAUGA